AUGGCCAGCAAAUCGCCCCCAUUUCUGUUGAUUCUCUUCGUCAUCUUUGCGUUCUGCCUCGCUAACAAUGGAGUGUAUGCGUUCGGAGCGGGAAAUAUUCCAUCAUUUGCGUACAUGGAAGGAAGGGCCUUCAGACAUGGAGAUAUUGAAGACAUUCUCUCCGAUCUCGUUAAACGUGGCGCCGGCGGAGGCUUUGCGCUCGCUAGUUUGAUAUCCAAAGGCAAAAAAUUCAACGGACUCGAUGUCAAGCGAGUGUACUUCGGAAACUGGCUGCGCGACUAUAGUCAAGCGGUGGAUAUUGCAUCGUUGAAGAAGCUUCAGCUUCAGACCAUUAUCAACCUUUGCAUAGCCUUGGGAUUUUUGGCUCACGGAUACGCGACCCAUGAAUUUGAAGUUACUGAAGAACGCUUGGGAGUAUACCUUCCGACUGAACACAUUGAUAACCCAAAAGGCUACGGAGCAGGCGAAGACCCCAGACAAUAUCACCCAAAGCUUCGUGGACCUGUAAAUCCCCAAGAACUCGAAAUCGAUCCCAGGACCGGAAUGAAGAAUUACAUUGCAAACGAAAAUGGUCCCUGGGAUACCUCUAAAGCUUUAGUUCGACGCACUCUCGAGCAGUGCAUCCACAGAGGCAGACAAAAUCGUGCAACUGGGGACAAAGCUGAUGAAUACGAAGCCUUCAGGCUGCUCGGCCAGGCUCUGCACACCCUUGAAGAUUUCUCUGCACAUUCCAACUUUUGCGAGCUUGCACUCGUAUCUAUGGGUCACGAACAGGUCUUCACGCAUGUGGGCGACCAGGUCCGCAUCCAGGCACCCAAUGGCAAAUGGGUCGCACCUAUCGUCACUGGAUCCUUCGGUUCUAGCGAUUUCAUUCACUCUUUGCUCGGGGAGGCCAGCGAUCAUCUCGCGUCAGUCACAGAUCUGAACAAAGAGCUCGACUCUGCACGCACCAAAUCCCUCUCGCAAACCCGCGGACCCGGUGGACCUAUUCUCAACCCAGCCGAUGCCCUGCGCGAUUUGUUCUUCAGCAUCCCUGGAGGUGCUGGAAACGACAUGAGCAGAGAUCUAGAUAACAUCGAAAGAAUCAGAGCUGGUCCUGCAGCUGGUGGUAAAAACCCUGAUCAAAUGAGCCCACAAGAAUUGCAUGCUGUGCUUUGGCAAGUGUUGACUUUCAGGGACUCUGUUGUCAAAAAGAUCUCGAAGACCAUCGAGAAAAUCCCUGGUCUCGGCCCUUUGAUUGAGAAGCUCAUGGAUUCCAUCUCAGUAUUUGUCUUCACAACUUUGGAGCCAUUCUUGAAACCUAUCCUCAAGUCAGCCACGUCCGGACUUCAAAGCGUGUCUGGAGAAGUCAUUGAUAAUCAAGAUCAGUACGAAGUUUUCAACGACCCUAGAGCAUCUGACCCAACUCAUUCGUUCUUGAGUAAAGACCAUUUUAAUCUCAUUCUCAAUGAACCUGCCGGACAAAUCGCUAGAAUCAUUGUUGCCCACAGUGUCAAGUUGAUCAGUGCAGCCUGGGACGAUAACUCGAAGGAUGUUCAUCAAAUCACAGAAGACAUUCUUCAAUGCCUGUUCCACCCUGAUUUCCACAACCCCAACUCUCAAAUACAAAGAGAAAUGUUACAAUGCAUGAAAGACUGGUUCUCCAAGGUACAGAACCAGCACUCCGUCAUCCAACGCCUUUCCAAAGACUCGGUGCGAAACCACAAGAACAUCCGUUUGGCUGGAGAAGGCGGGGCUCCCGAAUCGCAAGGCUCUUUCGCUGAAACCCAAGCACAUCAGUUCCAGCAUACUCUUGCAGGGUAUGCAUCCAAUGUGCCGGGAGUUGCACAGGCGCAGAGUCUUUUCGGGGGUCAGAGCCGCGAGAUACCUGGGUCGGGCUUCCCUGGAGCGUCAGGAGGGUAUGGCCAGGGACCUCCUCCGCCUGCUGCUGGAGGAUACGGUGCGCCUUCCGGCCCUCCUCCCACAUCAUAUGGUGGACAGGCCCCUCCACCUCCUUCGCAUGGACCGCCGCCUCCCCAGCGUCAGCAUUCAGGAGGGUACGCGCCCUCUUACGCUCCGUCCUACGGCCAGGACAAUAAAUCGUUCCCGACAGCUGGCCCCUCAUUCCCAGACGGCGGAGGUCAAGGCGGCCACGGCAGCGGUGGACCUUCCUUCCCUGGCGCAGCACCCUCCUUCCCCGGCGCUACGCCUGGAUUCCCUGGAGCUGAGCAGCACCACCACCAUCACCACCACCACCAUGAGCAUGGACAUGGCGGACCACCGAGUUUCCCUGGAGCCGCACCUGGAUUCCCUGGGGCCGCACCUGGAUUCCCUGGAGCCACGCCUGGGUUCCCUGGAGGCCCUGAAGGGUACGGUGGGCAAGCUCCUCCUGAACCUGGCGCGUUUGGGUUCCCUGGCGCAGAUCAGUAUCAGGGGAAUGCACCACCACGGUUUCCUGGGUCAAGCAACUCUUAUUACGGAGGGGGUGGUCCCGGCGGAUGGUGA